AUGCUCAACCAAUCGCGUGUCAGUUGGAUUCUUUAUCGGCUACCCCAUGGCUUCUAUCUCAUGCUUCAAGGUCUCGAAGGUGCAGGGGGCGAUCUCACCAACAUUGGUAUGAGGAGCGAUUUCGCUUCCUGUUUCCAUGAUAGGCCCUGUGAUGUAGACGAGGUCUGGCAGAAACCCGUUUUAUCACCCCUUUGCUUUCGUUCCUACGAGUCGCAUCAACCUCUCUCAAUGCGGAUUCUAGAUUGCCAACAGCCUUUGAUGCAAGUUUGCGAUCUCAACAAUCCCCCUCCAAAUGGCGUCCAUGGAUAUUCUGCGUCGGAACUGCAACUGCCGACCAUCCCGAAUAACAAAGAUCGAACCACUGAGAGCUUCAGAGCCAGAAGCGAAAGCAGCCUUGGCACCUGCGGAUAUAAAAUAACAACUUUCACUCACCGUUGGACCCGUGGAUCGUUUCCCACUUUGCAUGAGAAAGUCAACGUUCAAUCCAGUCUCCGGCGGAGAGGUUCUUAUUUUGUAGGGAAGGGUGUAGAGAUCCCCCGACCGAUAUCCCUAGACAGGAUUUGA